CCUUGGCUUAUUUGUGUCGCUUGUUGAUCGCCUUUUUGUCACUGCUCGCCCGGAUGAUUAGUUAUUGCAGCACAUUGGCUUGUAUUUUGAAAUAAUUUACCCUUUCCCUUUCGAUUGCUUUAUGUAGCAAUCAUUUUUCUAACUCUUUUUCGCCUGUCACCCGGUCGUGAAUUAUGCAAGUUAUCGUCGAAGAACCGUCUUCGCAGCCGGGUGUCUCAAAGACGUCAAUCACUCGCCAUGCUUCCCUGGCACGCUCUCCACCUCCUCCCCAAUUCAGAGACUGGGUCAAACAUCGGCUACGAAAAAGUCUUUCCGUCCCCGAUCUACGUCGACUAAGGAAAGAAUGGCAACUGUAUGAGCAAGUGGACGACUUGAAUCCGCUUGGUGUCAAGACAAUGCAGGUUGACGUAUUGAACAUUCGCUGGAUUCAUCCUUUACACAACCCAAAGAUUCGCAUUCGCUUAGGAUCUUCCCAAUAUACAACUGUGCGUGGCAAAACACCUACCGGCGACUGGAACGAAGGUUUCAGAUUUACCAUUUCGUAUCAUGCCCAGUUAUUUGAUACCAUCGAGUUUGACUUAUUUGAUAAAAAGCAUCAAUGGUCACCCCUUCCGGCUCAACAUCUUGGAAAAGCCAAAUUAAAGCUUGCUACUCUUGCUCAACGGGAUCCCGUAUUUAUUACAUUCGUUCCCAUGUACGAAUACCGCGCUCGUCGAUCAUUGCCGGCCGAUGUCCGUGAGGCGCUCAUGCAUACGAAUAUGGCCAGGGUACGGCAAAUGGCUGAUACAAUCACUCAGCACGUGCAGUUGUGGGGAUCAUUACAAAUUCGGGUUCGCUAUCGAUUCCAACAACCCGAGGACACAUUAACGCCAAAAGUCCGACGACCUCUUCUGUCCAUUUCCGAACCGGAAUCAUCCAAUGCCGGUGCGUCCUACAAACCUACCACCAUCAAAGAAGACGACACGAAUGAAUCGCCACCUGCCCGUCAUGUCAGCGAUUGUACAAUCUCGCCUGUCGUAUCAAAUACCAAUACGGAUCGCAAACGCAAGUCAUCCGCGACAUCACGUCCCCGACGUUCUUCGCAACAUGGUCGUGGCGAUUUGGCCAGAAACGAAUCGUUUGUGGAUAGCAUUUUUCAGAACAAUUUGAAUGCUGUCAUGACAACCGAUGUCCCCAGUUCCACCAGCAGCGAGGGCGACUACGGUGAGGGUGAUGACCGCAACCGUCGAGACGAGAAACGCGCGGAAACAUCCAAAUCAUCCAAACCAUCCAAUUCUCGCUCCAAUCGUUUGGUGUGUCCAUCAAAGGAAGCUAAACAAGGGCAAUCGGCGCAGGAGGCUCUUCAGACCAAGGGACGACGUCAUUGGUGGCGUGUUCUGUUAUGGCCACGCAAGGAUCGCAAAAAACAUAAAAGCAAAGUGGAACCUUCCAAGCGGGGUAAACGGUACGGCUUCUCACAGAAUGACAAUGAAGAGAGCUAUGGUAUCAUACCCCACGAAGAGGAAGAGGAAGCAGAAGAAGAAGACUCCAAAUCUCCGGAAAAAGGCAAAAUGCGGAAACGAGAUCGCUUAAAACAAGGCGCUCAGCGCAAAGCGCAACACAUCAUUUACAGCGUCAACUUUGGUGACAAGAAUUUUGCCUCGCAGUGGAUGGAAGAUUCUUUCGAUGACGUUGCCAUAUCUCAUCCCUUGAUCGAUCAUCUCAUCGGGCUCGUGGUCAGUCGUCAAACCCAAGCUCUUGUUCGUGCCAUCAUCAAACUUGCCAAUGCCUUUGGUCAAGGGUUCAGAGUGACUGGGUUGCGACUCGUCAAGGCCAUGAUCAUUCUUCAACGAUUUUAUGAAACACUUCCCAACACCGAUGACUCUCCUCUUAUUCGGAACCGCAUAUUGAUCCCUGAAAGCUGCCAUUAUUUCGAUUACGCCAUGAUUGCCUACGGUUGGCGUGGUCUUUGUUACCUAGGUGCUUAUGGACAGUAUGUGCGUGGUAUUCGUAAUCGUCGAUCCAAUCGUAUGUCGAUUAUUCGUUAUCUUCAUUUGCAUCCCGAGGAUUUGCUGGGAUACGAGUAUGGUCUCCGAAAAGGCGCCGUCUUUCAGCCUAGCUAUUUUGUAGCCAUUGACCGGUCAAAGAAAGCCAUUGUUCUCAGCAUCCGUGGCACCUGGAGUCUUUAUGAUGCCAUUACCGACUUGGUGUGCACCUAUAAGCCAUGGAAAGGUGGUUUGGUGCAUUCAGGGAUGCUGGCUUCAGCGCAGUGGUUUUAUACAAACAUUGUACCUCAAAUUUUCCGAUACGUACAUCAUCAUCGUCACAACAUUACAGCCUUUCACAUUGUUGGGCAUUCUCUUGGCGGCGGCACAGCCAGUCUUCUCACUAUGAUGGUCGCCGACCACAUUGAUGAACUUCGGCAUUUGGCCAGAAAUCCCUCAUUUCGCCUUCACUGCUACAGCUAUGCGCCGGUGGCCUCCAGUUCUUUCGAUCUAAGCAUGCGAUACAAUGACUACAUUCACAGCUUUAUUGUACAGGAUGAUGUGGUGGGCCGGCUGUCAUAUGGCACAGCCAUGAAGCUGAAAGAACUCAUCAUGGAUACCAUCAGCGCUUACGAAGCACUUGGAGGAUGGCUCAAGGUUUUAAGAGACCCUGACGUCCGCAAAGUUUGCUUCAACAUCCUAAGCAAACGUCGCGAGCAAAUAUAUCAAUCAGACCCUUCAUACCCAUUGUUAUAUAUUCCAGGCCAUAUUGUGCACAUUCAACGGACAAAGGAGUCCCACUUUCUUGAUCAUCGUCGAGCUUCCGUCGCUACGCUACUGAAGCAGGAUCAGGAAGAACGUCAGCCAACUUUUGAUCGUCCUCGAUCGGCUUCGCUCGCGAAAAAAAUUCCAAACAAACGCACGCACUACACAGCGCAUAUGACCUCCAGCGAUAUUUCGCAAGAAAUGUAUCUGAGCAAUUCUUGCAUCGAGGAUCAUAUGAUCUCCAGCUAUCAGCAUGCCUUUAAACAGUUGCGGGCCAACUAUCCUCUCCCAUAGAUUUGAUUAGAUCAACGUUUCCAAGAAACUCAAUUUAAAGCAUCUCAAUUUGGACCAUGGAAAAGCUUAUUGUCCA